AUGGCUUUAACCUCCUUUUUAUGCGGAAUCAAUUCCAAAUAUCAUUGCGUUGCAUUACAGCCACCCCCUAAAAAUACAGGUGAAGCUAAGAGACGGUGCCAAGAACACGACAACCUUUUGCAAACCAAACAAUAUAAAGAGUUUCUCAUCACUAAGUCUAAGCCUCAGACAAAUAAACCUGUUAGACCCAAUUUCUUUUCGAAUAAUGGUCAACGCCCUAGCAUGGCUGUUCAAGAACUUACUAAUAACGAAUCCGAACCCACUAAUGAAAGCUCUACAGAAAAGGUAGCAAACCCCUUCGAUUCUUAUUAUUCUGAAGCUUAA